AUGACCACCACCAACAAGGGCAACGACUCCUAUAUUAGCAAAAGUGGCAAAAAUAGCGGUAGCAGUAACAAAAAAAGUAGUAGCAGUAGUGGCAGCAGGCUACGCAAAUUGGACAAGCUAGUUCUAGAUCAAUCCUCUUCGGCAUUACUAGACGAAGAAGACCAAAUAGAAUACAUCAAAGAAUUGAGUAUAUACAACCAGGAGCAAUACUCUAAACGCAAAAGACAAUUGAUUUACCUUUACAUAAUUGAAAUAAUUACAAUCACCGUAAUUUCAUUGAAAUAUCGGAAUGCUGCGGCCGAUUUGGAUAACUUGACCAGUUUAUUGCUCUUGUUGAACAUUUGUUUGAAUAUAAUUACUACAAUUGAACCACCAUUUCAAAUACGCAAAUUACACAAAUGGAUCACUGUAAUAAGUGGUUUGAUUUCUCUACAAAUAAUAUGGAUGGAUCUUACGAAGAAACAAGUUUACUAUUUUGCCGUACUAUCUAGUUUGAAUUGGAGUUUGCCAAUUUUAUUCAAGUAUUGGUUUCAAGAGAUUGGUGAAUCAGUAGAGGAUUUGAAUCAGUUAAAGUACAAGUACAAGAGUGCGUGA